AUGAAGCACUUAGCGACGAGGCAUUUACACGCUGCUAAGAAGUGGUCUGCGGGGAGGAUGCUGGCCAAACGGGCAGCGGUGAAGAAGCGGAACCUUUUCAUGGCUAUUUCGGCGAACUACUGUAGCAGCAUUUUCGAUUUGAUAGCGAAAAAAAAAAAGGAGUCAGAUAGGUGUAAAAAUGGAAGUUCUGUCCAGGGGGGGCAAAACGGUGGGGAUUAUCCCGCUGAUGGGGGUGGCACGAAGGGGAUGACAUACACCAAUGAUGUUAAUUCACUUGCCAUCAGAGCAGCAAAAGGGAAGGAAAAACUUCUACAAGAAGGAACAACGCUGAGAGGGGAAGGGUCCUCCAUGUUGCGUAACCCAGUAGAGUGGCAAAACAGAACGUUGGACGAGAUUCACAACGCGCAAGAGUACAUCCCCAUGGCGGUGGAACAAAUGUAUAACAACAAGGUGUAUCUGUUAAAGUACAUAAAGCAGCUACAACCAAAUGAUGACAUCGCAAAGUAUAGAUUUGCAACAAAGUAUGUAAUAAAAAACGUGAGCAAAUUUUACGAAAAUGAAUUGCUAUUUAUUUUAAAAACGUUUGCCAAGAGGAAGUAUAAGAACUUACCCCUCCUGCAGUGUACCAGUGAAUACUUCUACUGGCAGUGUAGAAUGAAUAAAGGGUCUAAAAGGACCAUCUCCCAUUACCUGCAUUUGUGUAGCCUACUGAAUUACGUCCCAACGGGGAAGUACAUAGAGACGUACCUAACUGUGUUUAACUAUUCCAAGGAUGAAAAUACAGACAGAACUUUCCUCUUUUUCAAUCUGAUCGAAGAGGAGAUAAAUGAAAAACACAAAGAGUUGAAGCACAUCAUUUUGGUUCUGUACUUUUUACACAGGGGGAGGAUAAAAAAUGAGAUUUACGACACGCUACUACACAUGUGUUGUUAUUACGCUGGUCAUCUCUCCUUGAGGGAUACUUUUCUUCUGCUAAGGAUUGUCCUAAAUGAGGAAAGUGGGAAACACCAUUUGGACUACAUAAAGGAUUUACACCGAAAUGUAGAGAGACAUAUCGACUCCAUGACUCAAGAAGACUUUGCCACGUAUGUGAACACCCUCCUUCAUAAACGUGUCCCCUUGGAACAGAAUUUUUUUCUAUUCAUUAGGGUGUUUAUGGAAAAGCAUGGUGUGCAAUUAUCCCCAAGUGCUGUGCUAUCUAUUUUGAAACUCCUAAAAAGGCAAAAAUUUAAAGACACCGUUAUUUUAAAAAAAGUAGUAAAUGUGAUUAGGAACAACUUCUACCAUUACACUUAUGCAGAUGUGGUGUAUGUCGUUAAGAUACUCACCCUUUUAAACCAUUUCGAUGAGCCUUUUUUUUCUUUCCUUUUUGAAAAAUUUUUGCCCCCUGUGGGUACUCUCCCCAGUGGAAGUUUAAUCUCAACGUGGGGAUACAAACAGGGGGGGGCAUCCACCACUUAUAAAGCGCUACGAACAGAUGAAGGGGGACAUCCUCAUAUGGACGCCUACUGUACCUCAGUUAGGAGGGUACAUCUUGAAAAGGUAGAUGGACAGGUGGACCCCCUAGUGAACCCUGUCAGAUCAUUUGGUCAACCACCACAGAAGAAGGGACUCAUCAACGAACUGUCCCACUUACCUCUACAUUUGUACGAACAGAAAGUCAAAAUGAAGGUAGAAGCUUGUAACAUAAUUGGAGAGGAAGAACAAGUAGGAAGAGACAGGCACAUAGGAGAAAUUUCCUUCGGUUUAAAGUACCUAGAAAUGUAUGUCAGCUUGUUUAUCUACCUGGGGACGUGUGGAUACAGGGCCUCCUAUUUGCUGCUCCGCUUAUCCCAGAUGAUUCGCCUGUGUUUGCUCGCAGGGGGGGGACCCCUUGCAGACCAGGGUACCACCACUACAGCACAUAGCGGUAAUGUUACUCACCAGACUGGCCGAUUUCACAACAUCCUUCAUAAGCGGGGCGAACCCCAAUUUGUUUUACUCCACCACGCCGUUAAGAAAAAUAAAAAGGAGACCAAUUUUGCACUUGACCGAAGAAGCGUCAUCAAACUGAGCAGAACGUCAAAUUACUUGCCCCCACAGAACAAGUGCCACAAAAACAGCAGCGCUAAUGUGCGCCGUUCAAGGGAAGACACAAGUGAGGACAAAAAGGACUUGUCCGACUUGAUGUAUCUAAAUGUAGACAUGUUUCGGAGGGCCAAGGUGGUGCACUCUUCUGGGGAUCUGAACUGUACUGCCCAAAUGGGUGAAAGAGGUUCAUACGAGUUGACAGAACGAAUGAGAAGGAACUCCUUUCUGGCGAAGCAUUUUGGUGACAUUCAUCCAGCUGCUAUUCGCCUUCACAACCGGAGGCUUUUCCAGAGACACUUCGACGAGCUCCACCCAAGUGAGCGGUACACCGAGAAGGUCCCCCCUAAGUCAUCCAUUGAGCGCGAUCAGGAAAGUGGCAAAGAUUUACGCCUGAUAAGAUACAAAGAAAUAAGAAACUUGCGAAACGUGUGCUUGCGGAGGUACGCCCAGCUGUUCAAAGUAGAGUCAGACGAACCAUUCGAGGGUUUGAAAAGGGUGCAAAAAACGGGGGAUGCCUCAGAGGAAGAUGGUAAAUGCCCAUACAAACACCCAUUCGAUAUGGUUUCCGAUAGGAACCUAAUCCAUGUAGACGAUUCGCUCUUUGUUGAUUACAGUCUGUGUGACAAUAACAGGAAAGUAGCCCUGAGGAAGCAUAGCCGCUUGGUUAGGAGGAGCAACCAGGUGACCCGGAAGGAGUACUCCAAGGGGAGUGAGACCAACGACGAGCAGCAGACGUGGAGAGAAAACAAUCCCAGUGGAUAUUUACUCAAAUGGUUGUACAGAUAUAAAAACUGUCUGAACCUGUUCCCGAAUGAGGGGGAGACCCAUAUUCACCUCAUCGAUGGGGAUAUAAAGCAGUUGGGGGAGUGUUUACAGAAGUGGUACCAACAAAGUGGAGUCGAAACGACAAGCAAUGCAGAGCAUCCAACGGACAGAGAAAAAGCCCAAAUAAGUCUUAAGCACAUUGCACUGCUUACCAAUUCGUGCAGCAAUUUGUACCUUUUUGACAAAGCCCUCAUCGAUGUACUCCUCCUCCACGUGGCGAAGUUAUUCCGUUCCUUUUACUUAGUGCAAAAUUCGGAAGAACAAAAAGUAAUGAUCUCCCAACAAUUGAACAGAUGUGCUACCGUAAGGGAGACCCACCAGUGUAUUUACCGUUUUACAAAAAUGUGGAGUUUUCUAACAGUCUGUUUUCAAAUAAAUCGUUUCGUGAAGAAUGUCCUUUCGUUGGAUCAUCGACACGGAACACUUACCAAGUUGGUCGAUCUAUAUACCAGUCCCUAUUUCCUACUUAACUUAAACCACCUCACAUAUGUGGUGAACCGGAUGGAUGCUUUGGCCAAACAAGUGGAGAGGCCCUCCUUAAUAAAAAGGUUCCUCCUGCAGUACGUAGACAUUUCCACAUUUACUAAUAUUUUUUUCUUUUUUUGCAAAAAUCUGUUCAUUCUGGUGACAUCGGGUUAUUCUGAUUUGCAGCUUUUUCACACCUUUACCUAUUCCGUGCUAACCCUCCAGAGGGACUACGCCCGUCAGUGGGUUAACCAUUCGGAUGGUUUGUCUGCCUUACCGUUCGAGGGAGCUCCCCACCGAAGAAACAUCGAAGAUACGACCUUCCUGCAGUGCCUCAAUUUUUACGUCAUGCUUAUUUGUGCUAGUUAUCCCGUAUUGGGGAAGGAAAAAAUGGGAAAUGCAUCCCCACGGUUGGGAAAAAGCUGCUCCGUUACAGAUGAGCAGGAUGGUCAGAACGGGCGAAGGUGUGAGGAAAUUCGAGUUGAUUUCCAUCAGCAUACCCUUUACCCCGCUGACUUGUGCGGCAUUUUAGCCCUAUCUCUUAGGUAUAUAAAAUUGUUGAGUUGCGUGCGGGAUUUUUCCCCCACGGGAAUGUGCAUGAACACACACAGGGACGUACGCACCAACGCGCUGAGGCAACUCCUCCCAAUUCUGCAAUUUUACUACCUGCUCAGAAGGAACAUUCGGAAGAAGAAUCCAAUGAACGUAAAUGAAGAAUCGUUUUCCGAUGUUUUUCCCGCCUUUAUCACCAAAUGGUUGAACCAGCACGGGUGCUUCCUGUGCGAUAGCGAGGUCCUCCCCACGCUGAACACCUUCAUCGUGUUAGACAUAGUCAUACAAAUGUUAAAAGGAAGUAAAGGUGGGAGGAGCAAAGCAAAACGGGGGGUAAAAAAAAAGGCGCUCUACUUAACAAAUAGAACUAUGAUGGAAAAAUUCCCCCCAAAUUUUACCUUCAUGUUGGAUUUCCUAAAUGGGGAGCUGCCACAGGGGGAAGAACAUUCCCUGCUGGAGGAAGGGGGUGCUAAACUGGACAAACCCAAUGGAGAGGGAAACUCCUUCCUGCACACCACCCCGUGGAACAUCCACACGGUAAAAAAUGUUAAAAAGGGCACAGUCGAGAGAGUAACUCCUUUCGAACCUUCAAAGGAGCAUCUAAGCUUGGAAAAAUUUAAACAGAUCCUAGAACGAAUACACAUAAAGUAUAUCGAAGGGGAAGACGACAAGAAGGAGAAGAAGAUGCUGUUUGAAGAGAUGGACACGGAGAAGAGGCUGAGCGAAGCACUGUUCAACCUGAAUGAGCAAAAAGAAUACAACUGGAUUGUUGUCAAUUUGGCCUUCCUUUUCGUAAAGGAUAAAAAAAAAAUAAAUACAUACACCGAAAAUAUUUCUUUGCAUUAUUUGUGCGGGAAGACAAAGGAUACUUGCACGGAUAGCCUGAACAACACGAAGGGGAUCCUCUUCCCAAAUCGGAAUAGGAAUAGAAAUAGAAAUGAUUUUCCUGGUAUGCUGAUCGAGAGGGAUAUAUAUGACGUGCCCUUUUUUAGUAACAUGCUCAGUUUUCACUUCUGCUAUUCCUUUUUGGUGAAUUUCGCUGAACAUUUAAACCACGAUCGGGGGACAGUUACGAUAGGCAAUGCGGUCGAAUCACACGUGCGGGGAACGUGUAAGGGUGAACAGCGUCAUGCCAGUAGGGGAGAAUUCACCAGGGGGAGAAGCAAUAAAUACCACUUACGUGGACGGACCCACCAUCGUAACGCUGAACCAACGGAAAGAUUGCCCCCAAAUGACCAACACACCACUGCAACCAAAUUAGAUAAGCACCCUUUGGAAAAUCAUUCCCUGAGUAGGAAACGAAAAUUGGAGGAGAUGGACGGGGGGGAGUUACUCAGUGGGGGAUACUCCGGUGCGUCACUUGGUGACAAGGAGGGAAGCACAACUGAUACCGCUCCGAGUGAAGGCUCAGACGGGGAAUGGCACACCCACGUGGAAGACCCCAAUAUGGGCCACCUGAACAAUUUACCCGACCCGUCCAACGACAACCCACGCCGUGAACACAUUCCGAAGGAUAAGACCACCCAUGCAGAGGAUUCACCCACCCCGCGGAAGAGAAAGAAAAAAAAAGGAAACAAAAAAGGAAACAAAAAACAUCUGUACACCUUUGACGUAGUCCCCAAAUCUGAAAAGUAUAAAAAAAUCUACCUCAACAUGUUAUCCCUGUACUGCGAUUGCAUCUGUUUGAUCUCCUAA